AUGGCCGCGCUUUUGUCUCUACCACCCCUCGAUGUCCUGCGGGCCCCUUCUCUUGAGAACGCGGCUUCGAAAGGUUCAUCCUCUUCCUCCAGCUCCUCAGUACGCACUGGGAGCAGCGUCUCAGAUGCAGGGAGCUCUCCCGCUCCUCUGACUCCCUUGUCAGAUGGAGACGUCCCAUCUAUGUCAUUAGCGGUGGACUGGCACCCAGAGGCCUGCCUUUAUCUCCCCGUUCCAGGGGCCCUCGACGCGUCUCUUUUCAGGGCUUUAUUUGACAAAUAUUCGCAAGGAUCGUGUCUGGCACUCUGCCUCCCCCUUGUCCCUUCCUCCGAUGAAGAUUCGUUCAGCUUUGUGCGCGAGUCAUUCGAGACUAUGGGAAUGACCACUGGUCGUUGGUCCAGAGAAGAUCUCAACGGGGUCUCCUACUACGCUACCGUCCCUUUCGUGAGCGAAGAUGCAGACAUCGACUCUAAGGCCGCCCCUCCCUUCUUCACUGAGCAAGCAUUCUCCGACCACCAGCACGUAUUUGGCCUCGCUGGCGCCCGAUCAGUUAUUUCCAUCCCAUCCACUGAUAACAAACGCAUCCUCUAUGUCCUUGAGAAACCCACGGUAGUCUUCCCAACCCUCUCCCAGACACGGGGUUUCCUCCCCCCUGCGCUUGAGGCGCGAGCCCAAUCAUUGGUUUUGCAGCGUCCGACACCCUCGUUCCCACCCAAAGCCAACAUCCCUAACCUCGAGGAAUGGAAGAAGAUCUGGGCGGCCUGGGACCUCGUCACUUUGGGCAUGACCCCAUCGUCUAUGCUCCACCAGAAGCCGAUCGACCUGAGACACAAGUGCCUCUUCUAUAUUGGCCAUAUUCCUACUUUCCUGGACAUGCUGCUUUCGAAAUCCAUCGGCGGAGGAGCCAGCGAGCCCCAGUACUUCUGGAAGAUAUUUGAGCGCGGUAUCGACCCGCACGUCGACGACCCCGAUCACUGCCACAACCAUUCCGAGGUUCCUGAGAAGGACGAGGACUGGCCGACGAUUGACCUUAUCAUGUCCUUCCGUGACGCUGUGCGAGCUCGGCUUGCCAAGCUCUACGCAGAGCUCGAGUCUGGCGAACGAGCAUUGACGAGAAACAUCGCGAGGACGCUCGUGAUGACGAUCGAACAUGAGGCGUGGCACAUCGAGACUUUGCUCUACAUGCUCAUCCAGCGUGCUGGAACCGGCACUCUUCCUCCUCCAGGCUUUGUAACCCCUCCCUUUGCUCGGCUUUCGCAGCAAUGGGAUGUCAUCCCGCCGCCAUCGACUCCCUCUGUUCAACUUGGCCCAGCCACCAUCACCCUUGGCCACGAAGACUCAGAAGGCGACGACUUCACCGCUGACGGUAAGGCCGUCGAGGCCGACGAGUCCUUCCUCUUUCAAGAAUGGGGCUGGGACAACGAGAGCCCCGCCCGUACCGUUGAAGUGGGUGCCUUCCGCGCAGAAUGGCGCCCGAUUUCAAACAGCCAGUUCGAAGCCUACUGGCGCGGCGAGGGCAAAGACAAAGUGUCCAUGCCGAAGAGCUGGGUCCUGAGCGAGGACGGAGAGGUGCAGGUCCGCACAGUGUACGGCCCCGUGGCUAUGGAGGUGGCGAAGCACUGGCCAGUGAUGACAGCAUACGACGAUCUAGUCCAGUAUGCGCGAUGGAAGGGAGGGCGUCUGCCCACUGAGCCCGAGCUGCGGCUGUUCCUCGAUACAUACGAGGUCGGCCAUGAGAACGGCGCAAACGUUGGGUUCAGAAAUUGGCAUCCAGUACCUGCUACGACAGGUCUCGAACAAUAUGGCGGCAGGGGAUCUAACGGUGGCGUCUGGGAGUGGACUUCGACACUCUUUGACAACCACGAUGGCCUCGUACCCACCAACCUCUUCACCGGAUACUCCACUGACUUCUUCGAUACCAAGCAUCACGUUGUUCUUGGCGCUUCGUACGCUACUGUUCCCCGUCUCGCAUCACGACGCACCGUUCGCAAUUUCUGGCAGCACAAUUACCCAUAUCCAUGGGUCGGCGCGCGGGUUGUCUAUGAUCUAUAA